AUGGCAUCAAUAGUCGAAGAGUCACCAGAAGAAAUAUAUUUGUCAUUACAAAAGCAUUUACCAAUUAAAAAUAAACUUACAUCAUCAGCUAUUGCAUUACCAAAUUCAUCUAAGAAAGGUUAUAGUUCAAUUUAUAGAAAUUCUUAUAAUCCAUCAAAAUUAUAUUCAAAAAUUCAUCCUUCUUUAAGUACUUUAUAUGAAUUAUUUGAAUUUGGUUAUUAUUUCAAUUCAAAUAGACCUGCUUUAGGAGUUAGAGAAAAAUUAAAAGAUGGUAAAUUUGGGAAAUAUAUAUGGCAAGAUUAUAAAACUAUCAGACAAAGAAGAAAUAAUUUUGGAUCUGGUAUAUUUUAUGUUUUAGAAAAUAAUCCUUUUAAAAAUGAUAAUGAAUCUCACAAGUAUUUAAAGUAUGAUCCACUUCAAAAUGAUAAAUCAUUUGUAUUAACUAUAUUUUCUCAUAACAGACCUGAAUGGGCAUUAACUGAUUUAACUACAAUUGCUUAUUCAAUCACAAAUUCUGCCUUAUAUGAUACCCUUGGUAAAGAUACGAGUAGAUAUAUUUUAGCAUUAACUGUAUCACCAAUUAUUAUUUGUUCUAAAGAGAAGAUAAAGGUAUUGAUUGAGUUAAAGAAAAUUAAUCAAGCUGAAUUGUCUAGUUUGAUUGUCAUUGUUUCCAUGGAUGAUUUAGAAGAUUCACCUGAAAACAAAGAACUAAGUUUAUUAGCUGAACAAUAUAAAAUCAUGUUGUUUGAUUUAAGAACUGUUGAAAAAUUUGGUGAAUCUCAUCCAUUAGCACCGAUUGCACCAAGUCCAAAUACGAAUUUCACAAUUUCAUUCACAAGUGGUACAACUGCAACUCCAAAGGGGGUAGUUUUAACUCAUGAAAAUGCAGUUGCCGGUGUAUCUUGGAGAUAUACUAAAUCAUUUAAACAUGCAGAUCCUGAUAGAGUAAUAUCCUUUUUACCUAUGGCUCAUAUUUAUGAAAGAGCAAACGCUCAAUAUUAUUUAAGUAGCGGCGCAGCUAUUGGAUAUCCACUGGGGAGAACUCCGGCAACGUUAUUUGACGAUGUUAGAGAAUUACAACCAAAUGUUUUAGCUACUGUACCUAGAAUGUUAAAUAAAUUAGAAGCAACAAUUAAAGCAUUAACAAUUCAAAAUAAUUCGAAUCCUAAAAUCAGAGACCUUUUCACUAAGGCUAUUAAUGAAAAAUUAAAAUUGCAUUCAGCACCUACUGAAGAAGACACUAAUACAGCUCAUAAAGAUCAUGAUCAUCUAUUGGAUUCAUUAAGAGCAAAAAUGGGAAUGUCAAGUGUUCAAACAAUGUCAACUGGAAGUUCACCUAUUGAUCCAAGAACUAUCAGAUUUGUUAAAGCUGCGUUAAAUGUUGGUAUAAGUAAUGGAUAUGGUUCGACUGAAAGCUUCGCAGGUUUUGUUAGUAGUUUCAAAUUUGAUCACAACCCGGGUUCAAUUGGUCCAAUUGGUGUUUCAACUGAAUGUAGAUUAAAAGAUAUACCUGCAAUGAAUUACACUUCAAAAGAUGAAGAAGGUCCAAGAGGUGAAUUUUUAUUGAGGGGUCCGCAAAUUUUCAAAGAAUAUUAUAAAGACCCCAAAUCAACUUUAGAAUCAUUUGAUGAAGAUGGUUGGUUUCAUACAGGAGACGUUGCUCGUAUAGAUCCCAAAAAUGGUAAUAAAAUUUAUAUAAUUGAUAGAGUUAAAAAUUUUUUUAAAUUAUCACAAGGUGAAUUCAUUUCACCUGAAAAAAUUGAAAAUUUAUAUUUAUCAUCAAAUCCAAUAAUUCAACAAGUUUUCAUUCAUGGAAAUUCAUUAAAUUCUUAUCUUGUUGGAAUUGUAGGAUUAGAUCCUUUAACAAUUGAAAAUUAUUUACAAUCAAAAUUUAAUUCAAAAUUAACUAACCAAUCCGAAAUUAUAGCGUUUUUAAAUGAACCACAACAGAAAAAAUUUAUAUUAUCUGAUUUUAAUUCAGCAAUAGGUGACAAUUUACAAGGUUUUGAAAAAUUACAUAAUAUUGAAAUUUUUUUUAAUCCAUUAACUGUUGAAACUGGAGUUAUUACUCCUACUGCUAAAAUUAAAAGACCAAAUUGUACUAAAUUCUUUGAUAAAAAUUUAAAGGCAUUGUAUGAUGAAGGUUCAAUUUUAAGAAAUGAAAAAUUAUAA